ACUGCAAAUUGUAAAUGUUAUCUUGUUCUUUUUUGGCUUUGGAUGGUUCCUUACUGGUGCAGUCAUACUUGGAGGGGACCUACUGGACAAUGAUGUCAACAAAAUUUUGAACUUCAUUUCAAUUCUUUCAACUGGACUUGGUGACGAAAUAAAAAUCUUAUCCUCAAUGCUAAUUGUGAUAGGAUUUUUCGUAAUGCUUGAAGCCAUUAUAGGAUUUUUUCUUAAAACGAUGCUUUCCAAAAAACAAGAUGAAUCACGAUGGAAUAUUAUAAUAUAUGGGUAUUUUAUUUUUGGUCUUCUGCUAUUUUUGUCAACACUGGUAAUCUUUGGGUUGUGGAUUCACACGAGAGAAGAGACAAAAAAUAUCAGCGCCAAAAAACAGCUGGUAGACAAUUUACACGCAGAGUAUAAAGAUGAUGCACUCAGUAGUACGGAAACAGUUUCGAAUUUCUGGAAUAUGGCAUUUAUGAAGUUGGACUGUUGUGCAGUAAAUGCAGUGUUCAGCACAACUAAUGAUUUUGACCAGACUCCUUGGUGCACUACUAGCGGAGAAUGUCAACAAACAAAUUCACAAAUUCCAAAGACCUGCUGUAAUGGAGUCACGGUUAGCACGUCCUCUUCAGCUCCUUCAACAUGCCAUGCAAACGUCGACAGUGGAACAUAUAACAACCAGGGAUGCUACGAUGUACUGAUAGUGGUAGCAAUCCUUGCGUUAUACAUUUCAAAAUCUUAUACCGGGAAUAAAACAUCUCCCACUGAGCAAUGAGAAAAAACAAAUGAACGGUUAUA